GGCUUGUCGUUUUCGUUCUUUCCAAUUCCAACACUGCUUGUCCAUACAACAAUUCCUAACUAUAACUAUAUAUCUCAAUAGCUCGUCUAGUCCUUCUUUUCUACAUUUCUUAGCGUACCGAUCACAAAACACAGUUGCCGGCCGACCGUGCUCACUCUCGCCUAACUUCAAAUUCAACACACUCUUUGACGUUCGUGCGACUGUCUCAUAAUCAUGUCCUACUCAAAAGGCAAAGAGCGAUUUACCGUCACCGAUUACCUGUAUGACCAUGGAGAAAGGGAUAUAGAGACGGCCUACGGGUGUAGCUACGCCGGAAGCAGCCCACAAGCAUUAAGUUCCGCAGCAGCGGCUACGGUGGCCGCCAGUGCGAGCACCAGUGCGGCGUCACCAAACUACCGACCAGUAGAGAAAGAAAAGCGAGGAGCGCUAAAGCUUCACGGACCUAUGCCAUCACCGUCAGACUUCUAUCUCCCUUCCACACACAACCCUCUCUCAACAUACUCCUCUAUACCCUACUCUUUCUCAUCCCAGACGCAAUACGGCGAGGAUAUGGUUCAAUCUACUUCAGAUGAAGGUAUGCUUCAAUCAUCACCUGUAACUUCUCGUUCGCCAGGCAUGCAGAUGCAAUUUUCACCUCGGUCACAAACAAUAAUGGGUGAUCACUUUGGAGAACAAGGAAAUAGGGUAUCGAUGACCACAGAUAUUUCCGAGAAGAGAGGUAGUACGUCAGAGGGUAAGGAUAAGGACUGGCCCGUCCCAGCGCCAAUAGCCAAGAAGAAGUGGUGGGAUAGAAUCUUCCCGUCCACAUUAUACACGAGGUUGCUUUUGGCGGUUAUCAUCUUCGAGACGGUCGUCGACCUUUGCAUCGAGGGCAAUAUCUUAUACCGGUUCAAUGAAGAAGUGAAAUCGAAUAGUUCAACCGAGGUCGAACUCGAGAACAAGCGCCGUUUGCCAAUCUAUCUGAUCAUUUUUGGUCUUGCCCACUUAUGGCAGUUUGUCCUCACUGUCGUCGCUAUUCGCACCAAAAACUCUAUCCAAGUCUUUGCCGUCACAAUCUUCAACUUCGCUUUCCUUGGAUAUGCUGUCAUUCAGAUUUUUGAGCUUCGCAAAAUCUUGGGGAGCAACCUCGCUGAUGGACUUACUGGCGGAACCAGUACAACAUUGAUGACAAUUCCGCUCAACAUCUUGACUGCAUUGAUAAUUGUGAUCAUUGGAGCUUCGUGUUUGGCUUUACUGGCACUCUCUGUGCUGCUAAGACGAGAAUUCGGCUGGCAACGAUACCGGUUCCUCGGCGCAGAUCUCAUGAUACGGGAAUACUUCUUUAAAUUCCAGGUCUUUGAGUGUAUCUGCUAUUUUAGCGCCUUUUUCUGUGCUGGGUUUGGCAUCCAGUUUAUCUGGCUGGUUCUUAAUCCGACGGAUGCGGAAUACAUCGUUACAUGGGUUGCAUUCCCUCUUUUAAUUAUAUUCCUCGUUAUCGGUCGGUUUGCAGCCAAGUAUGAAAACAUGUACUUCAUGGCUGCAUUCAUGGUUGGACUUUGGGGAGGAUGUGCCUACUUCAUUUUCAAACUCGUUCGCAUCUGGCAACAAGUCUCAACAACUUAUGUCAACCUCGAAAAGUCCCUAACGAUUUUCGAUAUAUUUAGUCUGGUAUUACUCGCCGCUUGUGGGGUAUGGGGUGUGAUGGUCUGGAUCAAUUUUGGAAAGGGAUUGAAGCAGGCUUUGCUGGCCAAGCCUCGUGCGAAAAUGUUUGGAGGAGUGUUGGGUUUCUGGUCAAAUGAUAGCGAGGCUUCUGAAGAAAAGGGACAGGAAAUGACCUUGGCGCAGCGAAGGAUCAGUAUCGACUAAAGACAUCGGCGUUCAAACGGAGAGCAGGCUCUCGACUGAAUUUGUAACUAUUUGUUCUUUUAUUUUGGGUUUAGGAAGUGAUGUCUCCUUGUGGGGCCAGCUCAAUGUCUGCUGGCACGAGAGAGCUCAAACGAAUGGCCUUGAUUGGUCAUUGUUGUGAUAAUCUAUAGUCAUUACUAUGCAGCAUACCGUUUAUAUCAUAAUUAAUGCUCUCGUUAUUCGUAAAUGGCG